AUGACAGACCUGACAGUACUCGUCUCGCCCACACCUCUCUACCCAAAAACCAAAGGCCUCUUUGGACGGCGCACGUCGCAGCUCAACCGCGCGAUCAUGGUCACACUCGAAUCCGACUCUGCACCCUCCCAGGCAUCUUCCAAAUCCGCCUCAAACGGCCGUCCUUCUGGCGGCACUACCACCACUACCACUCCUCGAUCUCCCAGCCCCACCCCCAAUCGCAUUCCCACUCCCACAGGGGUUACUGCUACCCAAAACGGCGGCGCAAGUGGUACAGGGGAUGAUGGCAAUGAGACGUCUAACACGUCUGGCAAUGGGAGGGGAACGAGACCCAGCAGGUCUCGCACACCGCGCUACGACACCUCUCUCCUCUCACCCCCCAUCAACACCUGGAAAUCGCCCCGCCCGCGGCCCAAACACCGCCCUACACGUUCCCAGAGCGCGCCCCCCGGCGGCCGACCUAAACCACCACCUCCUCAGGACUUUGGUGGGCACCAGCAGCAGUAUCAGUAUCAGCAGCAUCAGCAGCAGUAUCACCGAGACGAUCAAGGAAUCGGGUUGGGACAGGGCCGAUACGAGGAAGACGGCGCGGAGAAACAUUGGACGCAGAGUCUGGAGAUUGAGUUUACGAGGUCUCUUCCGCCUCCGCGUUCGGCGUCUGCGCUUAGCACCAGGUUCCCUUCCACCGGGGGAGUAGGCGAGCUCUUGCGACCUCCACCUCCUUUAUUUCGCCCAACGACCUUUUGGCGCAAGACCCGCAAAUCGGGGGUUACGAGCGCCUCGUACUCGCCUUCGACGCAUCUUAUCAGACGCUCGACAUACAUCGCUGCUGGACUUUCGUUUGACGCUCCGGUACACGAUCUUAGCGCGCUCGGAGUUGAGAGUCGGGUUGGGUUCUUGGUUAUCCCUCCUGAACACGAGAUUCUCUGA